AUGGCUAAGGACGACGGCGCUGUGACAACGAUCGCCUCCCGCGUCGCCUCCAUCUGCGCCGUCAUCGACCACGCCGUUGUAUCUGAAACCCUGAGCGCUAGGAGAGUCGCCGCCAUCUCUGCCAUGAUCCACGACGUCGCCUCCGCCGUGGAGGAGGGGACGACGAGAAGCACCAGGAAGCGGCGGCGCAUGCGCAUGGGCAGCUCACGCAGCUACGUGGAGACGCGCAGGAUCGGCGAGGGUCGCUUCGGCGUCGUCAUCAGGGCUCGCCACCGCGCCACCGGCCAGACCGUCGCCCUCAAGGGCCUCCGCUGGACGACGCGCCACAGCCAAGGCUCUGACCAACUCGUCGCCAAGCUCCUACGAGAGGCCUGCUUCAUGGCGGCCUGCGGCGGCCACCCCUCCGUCGUCGCUCUCCGCGGCAUCGCGCGCGUGCCCGGCACCAGCGACUACGCCAUCGUCAUGGAGCAUGUCGGCCCGAGCCUGGACCAGGUCGUCUACGACCACAUGAGCCGCCUCCGCCGCCCGUUCACAGAGGACAAGGUGCGCGGCAUCAUGCGGCAGUUGCUGGCCGGCGCCGAGGUCAUGCACGAGCGCGGCAUCAUCCACCGCGAUAUCAAGCCGUCCAACGUCCUCGUCGUCUACGGCGACGGCGGCGGCAGCGAUGAUGACCUCGUCGUCAAGAUCUGCGACUACGGCCUGGCAAUGUCCAUGGCUGACAAGAACGCCGAUGGCGCGUUCCUUGCCGCCGGAACGAGGUCGUACAUGGCGCCGGAGAUGCUGCUGUCGAAGCCGCGCUACGACACGCGCGUCGACAUGUGGUCCCUGGGCUGCGUGAUGGCCGAGAUGCUCACCGGCGAGGUGCUCUUCGAGAGGGCGGACACCAAGGCCGGCCAGCUCUACAAGAUCGUCGAUGUGUUCGGCGUGCCAGAAAAGAAGGCGUUUAAUAAGUCCUUCAAGACGCCCUUCUCGUUCCUCGCCGCCAAGGUGAAGCUCUGGCGGCAAGCUCGGCGCGGUGGCAGGCUGCGCGAGCUUUUCCCGGAGAAGACGCUAUCCAAGGACGGGUUCAAGGUCCUGAAAGGGCUCCUCACGUGCAGCCCCACCAAGCGGCUGGACGCGGCGGCCGCGCUCCGGCUCCCGUGGUUCGCUGACACGGACCACGACCAUGCUCCCGUAGUUGCUGCAGCUUCGAAGAGGGAUGCUGCCGCCGCGAGCAUUCGCGCUCUGGCGUCGCGCUCGUGGAAGAUAGCUUUGUCAUGCUUUGGGCAAUCGGUAAGGUCGAAGGCAGUGUAG